AUUUUAUUAAUAAUAUAUUAUUUUUUUUCAUUUGAAAAGCACUUUAAAGGCAACACAGGGUUGCUGGGUGGCUCGGUCAUUGGUUACUCGGUUGCCAGUGGUGGUUGGUUGAUGGUUGGCCAAAAGCGGCGAGCCGGAAAGCAAAAGUGGUUCGCACACUGGCUGCCUUUAUGGGCCAAAGCUCGGGCGAUCCGAUCGAAACGCCAUCGAUUCGGAAGCUUUCCGAUCUCGGACGUUCAAAAACCGACUGCUGCGCCGGCGCCGCAGCUCAAGCUCGAUAUAAAAAGACGAUCGGAGCACGCAUCCCGUGUACACAGUGAUAAGUCUCCGGCCAGAACCACCUGUCACCUCCUUCGAUACGGAAAUAUCGCGCGCGUGCGGAAUCUUUUGUCGAUCCGAGUGUCAAUUGAAGUUACUCUUGGUCAACCGAUUUCUGCAUCCGAUUUCGUACUUCCACCCGGACCAGAUAUGUCAAAAUACUCGUUGCUACUGCUGCUGCUAAUCGCUGCGGUUGCGCAGGAAUUAACUGUAUCGGCAGCGCAAGAUUUGCCCGAAGGCUUUCCCAAGUGCAAACGGGACGCGAACUUCGACAAGUGCCUGGUGGAUGCCGUCAAUGUGGCGAUACAGCAGCUGAAAGCUGGCAAUAAGGAAUUCGGCAUCCCGCCCCUCGAACCGCUGACCGUGAAAAAACUCGUUAUAGAUGCCGGCAAUGCGCCAAUAAAUCUGCGCCAGGCCUUGAAGAAUGUGAAGGUGCACGACAUGAUCUCCACCAGCAAGAUCCAGCGGUACAGAACCGAUCUGGAGAAGCACUUGAUUAUCUGUGAUAGCCGAACGGACCGUAUCGAGAUGAUUGGGGAGUAUGAGAUGUCCGGCCGCAUCCUACUGCUGCCCAUUACUGGUCAUGGAAAAGCUAACGUCACGCUGAUCAACACCAAGAUCGAGCAUCGCCUGAUUGGAGAACCCUUCGAGCGGGAUGGUGUCAAGUACAUGCGUCUUAAGGACUACCGUGUGUCAUUCGAUCCCAAGAGGGUGUACAUGAACUUCGAGAACCUCUUCAACGAUAAAACCCUCUCCGACGGCAUGAACAGAUUUCUUAACGAAAACUGGGAGACGGUGUUCAAUGAGCUGAAAGUGGGAUAUGCCAAGAGUUUCGGCCUCAUAUUCCGGGAACUGUCGAAUAAACUGUUUGAGAAAGUCCCCUUCGAUAAUAUAUUUUUAAGUUAGGUACUUAUUCACUUACCUGUUAGGUAAUGCCUAAUUUAUAUUACUAAUUAGUUAAUAAAGAACUUAAAACAUU